UUUUGAAAAUUAUUAUAAAUUAAAUACAUUGAAAAAGUGUUCUGUGAAAGUAAAAGCAAUUUUAUUGCAUUUGCCAGAUACUGGUGGCUUAGCGGAUUUACACUCGUAUCCUUUAGCGAACUGCUCAUUUUGUGAUCGUACUGAAAUUUAUCAACAAAAUUAAGAUGCAACGCCGUGAGACACGUGAAAGAGGAGGUGCCGGCGGCCAGCAAGCUGCAGCAUCAGCUGGCGCUGGAGGUGGUGGGGUGGCAGCUGUAAAAAAUACAACAAGUACCUCCAGUAUGUAUAACGCCCGCCAAUCCGUAACCAACUCUGCGGGUGUACUUAUGGUCGGACCAAAUUUCCGCGUUGGUAAAAAAAUUGGCUGUGGUAAUUUCGGAGAAUUGCGUUUAGGAAAAAACCUAUACAACAAUGAACACGUAGCAAUAAAAAUGGAGCCUAUGAAAUCAAAGGCUCCUCAACUACAUUUAGAGUAUAGAUUUUAUAAACAAUUAGGAUCACAUGAUGAUUGUCCGGAGGGUGUACCACGUGUCUAUCACCUGGGUACAUGUGGUGGACGCUAUAAUGCCAUGGUAUUAGAAUUAUUGGGAAUGUCCUUAGAAGAUCUCUUCAAUCAUUGUUCCCGUCAAUUUUCACUUAAGACUGUACUGAUGAUAUCUAGACAACUUCUUCAUCGGAUAGAAUAUGUGCAUGGUCGAGAGUUAAUAUAUAGGGAUGUAAAGCCUGAAAACUUUCUUAUCGGAAGAUCAUCCACAAGGAGGGAAAAAAUUAUUCAUAUAAUUGAUUUCGGUUUGGCCAAAGAAUAUAUUGAUUCAGAUACAAGAAGACAUAUACCAUAUCGAGAACAUAAAUCACUCACAGGUACUGCUCGUUAUAUGUCGAUAAAUACACAUAUGGGCAGAGAACAAUCGAGGCGCGACGAUUUGGAAGCAUUAGGUCAUAUGUUUAUGUAUUUCUUAAGAGGUUCACUGCCGUGGCAAGGCCUAAAGGCUGAUACAUUAAAAGAAAGAUAUCAAAAAAUUGGUGAUACUAAACGUGCAACACCUAUAGAGGUGCUUUGCGAAGGACAUCCUGAAGAGUUUGCAACAUAUUUAAGAUAUGUGCGGCGAUUAGAUUUUUUUGAAACGCCCGACUAUGACUUUUUGCGAAGACUGUUUCAAGACUUAUUUGAUCGUAAGGGCUAUAUAGAUGAUGGUGAAUUUGAUUGGACAGGGAAAACGAUGACAAAGGAACAACUUGAAAAAAUGAAAGUCAUAAAAAAUGCUCCACCUUCUCAUUUAGCAAAAAAUAAAUCGGAUAAGUCAACGCCUGUAGGAUCUCUGCAAACUGGUCAUGAAGUAAUCAUUUCACCAAAUAAAGAUCGUCAUAACGUAACGGCAAAGGAUAUAUCUUAUUUUGAUUAUGCGGAUGAUGAUGAUGAUGAAGAAUAUUUAAUACUUGAGACAAAUGCCAAAGGAGGUGUUGCUGCGUGGCCUGAUGUGCCCAAACCUGGGGCAACACUUGGCAAUUUAACACCCGCCGACAGGCAUGGUUCAGUACAGGUUGUGAGUUCCACCAACGGCGAAUUAAACGCGGACGAUCCCACUGCAGGCCACUCAAAUACUCCGAUAACACUACAGCCUGAAAUUGAACUAGUUGACGAAACAAAAUGUUGUUGCUUCUUUAAACGAAAGAAGAAGAAAUCGUCACGCCAAAAAUGACUAGACGGUGUCCAAUGUAGUCCAGAACGCGAGGCAGUUACACUGUUACGCGCAACUUCACAUUCAAAUUCACGGGAUAGCGUAUUGAAUAAUCCAAGUCAGGAUUAUAUACAACAACAGGCAACAUCCUCACAGCAUACUUUACGGUAUCCUCCAUCCGCGUCAAUGUUGACGCCAACACCAACUACAAACACACCGACACUUCCGUUGUAAUUUAAAUUUAAAAUUUAAAAUUUAUAUAAUUAUAAAAUAUUUAAAUUAUUA